CGACGAGCUUUCUUUCAGGCCACACAUCGAGGAGAUAGAUCAACAAAGGCCGCCUUCCUGGUCCACCCGCAACUUUUCCUCACUACAACCAAUUCAAUUCAAUCCAAUCCAAUCCAAUUCAAUUUCCUCUUUUUAUCCACAAAACACACACCCUCAUUUCAUAUAGCCCAAACCCAUGGUGCACUACGUCACCGUCGCCACCUGCGCGCUCAACCAAUGGGCCUUGGACUUCCAGGGCAACUACGAGCGCAUCACCGAAAGCAUUCGCCAAGCCAAAGCCGCCGGCGCCAAGCUGCGCAUCGGACCCGAGCUGGAGAUCCCGGGCUACGGCUGCUACGACCAUUUCCUCGAAAGCGACACAACAUUGCACUCCUGGCAGAUAUUAGGCCGGCUCCUACAGGACCGGUCACUGGACAAUGUACUGAUUGACACUGGCAUGCCAGUGUUGCACCGCAACACGCGGUACAACUGUCGCAUCUUCAUCCUCAAUGGCCGCAUUGUGCUGAUCCGACCAAAAAUGCACCUGGCCAAUGACGGUAACUACCGCGAGCUGCGGUGGUUUGCGCCCUGGACUAAGCGCGCACAAGUCGAUGAUUUUGUGCUGCCCAGGUUUAUUGCCCAGAUCACCGGCCACCGCACAGUGCCAUUGGGCGACGCCCUGGUGAGCACCGAGGACUCGUGCAUCGGCAUUGAGCUAUGUGAGGAGCUGUUCACUCCACAGAGCCCGCAUAUCGCAAUGAGCCUGGCCGGCGCCGAGAUCAUCGUCAAUAGCAGCGGCAGCCACCACGAGCUGCGCAAGCUGCAGCGCCGCGUGGACUUGAUCAGAGAGGCGACGAUGAAGUGCGGCGGCAUCUACCUGUACGCCAACCAGCAAGGGUGCGACGGCGACCGCCUGUACUACGACGGGUCAGCCAUGGUGCUAGCCAACGGCACCGUGCUGGCCAUGGGCCGCCAGUUCUCCAUUGCUGACGUUGAAGUCACCCUGGCCACCGCCGACCUAGGCGCUGUUCGCGCAUUCCGCGCCGCCAACUCCAGCCGCUCAAUCCAGGCCUCGCACGCUGAAGUGCCCGACUACCCGCGCGUCCACGUCGCCUUCUCUUUGUCGCCCGAGCACGCGCAGCUGGACUACUCUGUGCGCCCCACUGCGCCAAUGCAGCCGCGGUUCCACACGCCCGAGGAGGAGAUCAACCUGGGCCCGGCCUGCUGGCUCUGGGACUACCUGCGCCGGUCACGCCAAGGCGGCUUCUUCCUGCCGCUCAGCGGCGGCAUCGACAGCUGCUCGACAGCACUCAUUGUUCACUCAAUGUGCCGCCUUGUCGUUGCCGCCUGUGCACGCGGUGACCCCCAGGUUUUGAGCGACGUGCGCCGCUGCACCGGAUCCGACAUUGUGCCGCAGACGGCCCAAGAUCUGGCUGGCCAGAUCUUCCACACCUGCUAUAUGGGCACGGCCAACUCAUCCCCCGAUACGCGCGCGCGCGCCAAGCAGCUUGCCUCCGCCCUCGGCAGCUACCAUGUUGAUCUCAGCAUGGACUCUGUAGUCGCAGCCAUAGUUGGCCUCUUCACGCUGGUCUGCGGCAGCACCGCCACCCCACGCUACGCUGUACACGGCGGCGGCACGGCAGAAAACCUGGCACUGCAGAAUAUACAAGCACGCCUGCGCAUGCUCCUGGCCUACCUUUUCGCCGCGUUGCUGCCCUGGGUGCGUGGCCGCACGGGUGGUGGCUCGCUGCUUGUCUUGGGGUCGUCCAACGUUGACGAGUGUCUGCGCGGAUACUUCACCAAAUACGACUGCUCGUCGGCCGACCUUAACCCCAUCGGGUCUAUCAGUAAAGCUGAUCUGCGUCGCUACGUCGCCUAUGCGUGCACUCAUAUGGAUCUCCCCAUGCUCUCGUCCUUUCUCGACGCUAUGCCGACCGCUGAGCUUGUGCCAUUUUCCAAAGACUACGUGCAGAGCGAUGAGGUUGAAAUGGGUAUGACCUACGAUGAGCUGACUGAGUUCGGGCGCCUGCGCAAGAUCAGCAGGUGCGGGCCAUACUCCAUGUUCACACAGCUUCUGCACGUCUGGGUUGACCGCAAGCUGAGCCCGAGGGAGAUUGCGGAUAAAGUCAAGCGCUUUUUCUUUUACUACUCGAUUAACCGCCACAAGAUGACCACUAUCACUCCCGCGUACCAUGCUGAGACGUACAGCCCAGAUGACAACCGCUUUGACAUGCGUCAGUUCCUGUAUAACUCGUCGUGGAGCUGGCAGUUUGCAGCCAUUGACAACGCGGUUGAUAGGAUUGAAGCAUUGGGCGAGCACCAGAACUAGUUAAUUAAAUCGACAAAUAAAUGUAAUCUAACGCCAUAUAUGUGCAUACGAGCAUAUAUUCUCACACAUACCCGAUUAGCUAUUUGGAUAUUCAUAGUACUAUUUAAUGUUGAU